ACCAGCAGCAGCAGCAGCACCACCGGCCAUCACUGCUCCUGCUUCGCUGUACGCUGAUGCUGCGGAGGAGGAAGCCAUUAUUUUACCUCUCGUUUUAUCAAUAUUAAUAAUAAUAAUUAUAGCCAAAGGAAGAGGCCAUGGACACAGCUUCACACGCAUUAGGACGCAUCCCAUUGUUGAAAAUCGAUUACGAGCCCUUUUUUCCGAUGGAAGAAUGAGGAAGAGGAAGACCUGGAACGUGUAGGAGGACGUUGCAAAAGUUCCCGCCGCAAAGUCUCGAUGAAAACAUUAGACGAGACUCUCGUCUAGGAUUCGACUGAAAUGGCCAAGAAAGGGCGUACGAAGGGCGAGAAGCCCGAAGCGCUCAUCUCAGCCCUGCAGGCAGCCAACGAAGAUCUCCGGUCCAAGCUGACUGACAUUCAAAUCGAGCUACACCAGGAGAAAUGCAAGGUGAGCAAGCUGGAGCGAGACAAGGUGCAGGAGGUGAAGCGCGUACGAGAGCAGGAGCAGCACCGUCACACCGCCACGCUUACGGAGCAGCGGGCCAAGUGGCACGAGGAGAAGCAGAAGGAGCUCCAGGCGCUCCGAGAGAACCUGACCCGGCAGCAUGAGCAGGAGCUGGCCCGCCAUGCCAAAAUCAAAGACCAGGAGAACCAGAGGCUCAAAGCCGCGCUGAGCGCCAUGCGUGACGGCAGUGGAGAGAAGGUGCGCACUGCACUCACCCUGGAAGCCAAGGAGGAGGCGCGUCGCUUCUUUGACCAGGAGCGAGUCAAGCUCCUGCAGGAGAUCAUGGAGCUGAAAUCCACGAAGAAGCAGACGGACGAGGCUCUCAGCAACAUGAUCCAGUCCGACAAGAUGAAGGCUGGGGAUCUGCGGGUGGAGCACCAGCACCACCAGGAGCAGAUCUCCAAAAUCAAGUGGGACUGUGAGAGGGACAUCCGCAGACUGGUGGAUGAAAUCAAAUCAAAAGAUCGCACCAUCUUCUCACUGGAGAGGGAGCUGGAGUCCACGGCGGGCUUUCUGCAGAAGCUGCAGCUGCAGAAGGACGCGCUCGACGAGCAACUCUUCCUCGUCAAAGAGGCCGAGUGUGGCCUGGGAAGCCCGAAGAGAGAGAUACCGGGCCGAGCCGGAGACGGAGCGGAACACUGCGGCAGCCCGGACCUGAGGAGAAACCAGAGGCGUCUCGCCGAUCUCAACUCGACUAUACGCAAACUGGAGGACCGCAACUCGCUGCUGGUCGACGAGCGGAACGAACUUCUGAAGAGAGUGCGGGAGUCGGAGAAGCAGUGCAAGCCCCUGCUCGACAAGAACAAGCUGCUGAACAAGAGGAACGACGAUCUGACGCAGACCAUCCAGAAGCAGGAGGAGAAACUCAAGAGUCUGGCCAAGGAGAACCUGGAGAUGAAGGAGAAGAUCAGCUCCCAUCCGCCGCUGAAGAAGCUCAAGUCUCUCAAUGACCUGGACCAAGCUCAUGAUGACCAGGAAAUCGCCUUCCUCAAACUCCAAGUCCUGGAGCAACAAAACAUCAUCGACGAACUGACAAGAGAUCGUGAGAAGCUACUAAGAAAGAAAAGGCAUAAAAGAAGUUCAAGGCCAAUAAAGAGGCACAUUGUCGUCGAUACGUUCUUCGGGUACGACGAAGAGUCCAUGGACUCCGAGACGUCCUCGGUGGCUUCGUUCCGGAUGGACAGAACUCCGGCUACUCCCGAUGAAGACAUGGAAGAGGGUCUAGCUAAUGAAGAGUCCGAGCUCCGCUUCCGUCAACUGACCAGGGAGUACCAAGCCUUACAGCGAGCCUAUGCCCUGCUGCAGGAACAGAAAGGAGGCUUACUGGACGCUGAGAUGGAAGCCAAGGCGCAAGAGCAGCUCCAAGCAGACGUUCUCAGGUAUAAAGCCAAAAUAGAGGACCUGGAGAAAGAACUGACCCAUAAGGGACAGGAUUCCAAAUGGGUGGAGGAGAAGCAGCUUUUCUUACGAAGGAAUCAGGAGCUACUGGAGAAGGUGGAGAAGCUGGACUCCGAGUGCAGUCGGCUGCAGCAGGAGCUGCAAGACUCCAGAGACCAGAAUGAACUGUUAGAGUUCAGGAUCCUGGAGCUGGAGGAGCGUGAGAGGAGAUCCCCUCCUUUUAACCACCUGAGGAUGCAUCCCUUUUCUGAGGGAGUCAGUGCUCUUCAGAUCUACUGUAUGAAGGAGGGCGUGAAGGAUGUGUGCAUACCAGAUCUCAUCAAACUUCUCGAUAUCCUGGGAGACAAUGGGAACUUAAGAAAUGAAGAGCAAGUGGCCAUUAUUCAGGCCAGCACUGUUCUGUCACUCGCAGAAAAGUGGAUUCAGCAGAUUGAGGGCACCGAAGCGGCACUGCACCAGAAGAUGAUGGACCUGGAGAUAGAGAUGGAGAUGUUCUGUAAACAAAAAGGAUAUCUAGAAGAAGAGCUGGACUACAGAAAACAGGCCCUGGACCAGGCCUACAUGCAAAUCCAGGAGUUGGAAGCAACGUUAUACAACGCCCUGCAGCAGGACAAGCUCUCGCUGAGUGUGGGUGCAGCUCAGCUGACUCACGAGCUUAGGACCCCGACGUCAGAAAGCAAACGUCCUGAAUCCAAAAUGAUAAAAUACGGCGAGCCUCUGGAUGAGCUUCAGAGGGACGAGCUGCGCACGGCAGUGGAGAAGCUCCGGAGGCAGAUGCUGAGGAAGAGUCGAGAGUACGACUGCCAGAUCCUCCAGGAGAGGAUGGAGCUGCUCCACCAGGCGCACCAGAGAAUCCGUGACCUGGAGGACAAGACAGAAAUUCAGAGGAGGCAGAUUAAAGACCUGGAGGAGAAGGUGCUGUGUCGGCUUGGAGAUCUUGUUUGUGUGACCGCAGUGUUAUUUAUUUCCCGGACGAGUGUGGAGCAGUCAGUCAGUGUACGGUGGAUAAAGUGUCGUGUAAUGGCUGUAGAUGUUCACACUCCACAUUCUCUUCUUCUUCUCCUUCUUCUUCUUCUUCUUCUUCUCUUUUUUAAAUGGAGACGGGUCCUCAGGAUGAUUCCCAUGACGAUACACUCACAUAUUUUUCGGAUUGGAAGAGCCGUAUCAAAAACACUUAUGCACUCUUACGUACAUGCGUACAGUUUACGGACAGGCAUGCGGAGAAGCAUGCAGAUGCAAACCACACUUAUACACACACACGCACACACACACGCACACACACGCUUUGACAAAUCCAAAACCAAAGCCUGGGAAAAAGUUCUCUCUGCCAUGCAGGGGUAAUAACAUGUCAUCCACCACCACUUUAGCCACAGUGGGAAUAUAAAGAGACAGAUAGAGCAACUCAGACAAAGAGGAAAGAAAAGAGAGGAAACACCAGACCACAGCUUCUCUUCAUCUUCUCAUUCCUUUUCACUUUCGAAGCCGGAGAGGACGAGUCAACUCAGGGCCCUUGAGUGUGUUUGAGAGGAGCAGCGGACUCUGGACUCUCGUGUCUCACUGAUCCCAGGAUGGUGCUGCGUUACACAGACAGACAGACGGGAGGAACGGCAGGUGUGUGUACGGACAACACUCAGAUUGACACACGGCACAUACCUGAUGAUGAUGAUGAUGAUGAUAAUAAGAGGAAGGAAAAAAAUAACACGGAAUCUCCACAGAAAAACAUACCGAUUGUCAAACUGCGUCUUCAUUUUCACCCAAAGCCGGCAGCUUUACUCUCUGGUCGUCUUUUUCUGGGUUUUUUUAUUUUUAUUUUUUACAACUGAAUCCCUUCUCUGAACUCUGACAUAUAUAUAUAUAUAAAUUUGUGGAUAAUGUACAUGAGUGAAUUAUUUCGCCCACCCCCUUUGAUUUCUGUGAAUAGAUUCUUUUGGGUUUUUUUAAACUCUCUGAAGCAGCUUGAGCAGUUUACACACAUGACUUAAUUGCUCAGUAUUAUUGUGGUGACGGCUGCAAAAGAAGGAUUUUAUUUUAACAUUUUAACGUCAGAAUAUGAAUGUGGAAUAAUGGAAUAUUUGCCUCAUUUUUUCUCCCUCUAUACAGAACACUGAUUUAUAUUCAACACGGACUCGUGGUUGUGUUGCUCUUGGUGGCCAGUGGGGGGCACUGCUUUCCAACUGAGUUGACAUUUAAUAAUGCACCCUUUAAAGUUACAUUCUCUUUAAGCCAACGUGUAAAUAUUGGGGUGGGUGAUUAGUUGGUUUGAAUUCAAGUCUUGGUCCACACACAAAAGAAAUCUAUACAUUAAUGUCAACCAUAUUCCUGUCUCUGAAUAUUGCAGGUUCUCUCUCUCUCUCUACCCUUGCUUUUUUUUUUACUAACCAAAAAUGUCUUUGAUACUAACGGUUUACCUUUGACCCCCCCCCCCCCACACACACACACACACGCACACACACAACUGGCCAUUCCUCUCCUCUCCUCUCGUGUAAAAUGAAACGGGAGAAAGUGAGAGCAACUCUACACCUGCUGCUGCUCCACUUCUCUCCAUCCUCCCUGCAAUAUUCACAACUUGUUGCCCCGUACACCUGAGCUCGUGUAUCUGCCAUUACACGACCCCCACCUCCCCCGCCUCCCCCAGCUCCAUUCACAGGUCUAGUGUAGCCUCUCCGGCGUCUCGUUACACACCACGACUCAACAAAGGGGAACGACCGAGACCAUUUUUGUGCAAACUCAGCUAACUUAAGCAGUUGCCUUAAAUUGCACUCUCACCCCUCUCCCCCUCUCUCUCUGUCUCUCUUGCGCGUGUUCCUUUUUAACGAUUAUUUUUCCAGGCGAUUUGUUAUUUUAACGUCAUGUACAGUAUAAAUAUAUAUGUAUGUAUAUUGUUUUUAUUUUUUUUUAAACCCUGUCUGUCUUCCAACAAGAAAUUUAAUCCCUCCUCCUUAUUUCACCCGAGAUUAUUAUUAUAAUUAUUAUCAUUAUUAUGAUUAAUAAAUAAACUGGAAAAAGGAGAACUGCUGUAAUUAAAAAAAAAUGAUAAUAAAACAAAAUUAUGGCUUUGA